UCAUCUGUCAACAACAUAUGAAAAACACCCAAGUAUUUUAAAACCGUUCUCUGGAAACAGCCCUCGGAAGCAAAUACAAAUAGCAUUCGACUUCAAAGGUAUGGGUACGAGAGCCGAAGCUUAUAAAUCACUAGAACUGGAUGCACCUGAAAGUUCUUACACCUCAAACACUCCUCGAGUUGUUCUGAAGUUGUGCUGUGUUUUGGAGAGAAGGAUUCGGAGGAAUGAGCAGAACGGGAGAUCAACAAAGAGGGACCCCAUCACAAUGUUUCAUGGUACGAAAGCACCAAACAUGAGCCUGAGACAGUACAUGGAACGGAUUUACAAGUACUCGAGGUGCAGCCCUUGUUGCUUUGUGAUUGCACAAAUAUACAUGGAGAGGUAUUUUCAACGAAAGAGUGGCUAUCUCACGUCCUUCAAUGUCCAUCGCCUCCUGAUCACGACUAUUAUGGUGGCAGCAAAAUUUGUGGAUGACGGGUGUUACAGCAAUGGGCACUAUGCGAGAGUGGGAGGGGUUAGCACGGCAGAGAUGAACAGAAUGGAGCUGGAGUUGCUGUUCAGUCUGGAUUUUAGGCUCUUCAUUACCACAGAAGUCUUCUGCAGGUAUUGUCAGCAGCUUGAUCAAGAAGUGGUUCAGCAACAUCAGACAAUCGCAGGAAAAGCGAAACAUGGCCUAACUAGAUGAACACAACGAUAAAGUCGCCUCAAAGGGGAAAUCGCAAAUGUAAUACAACUUAGCAAUUGGAUUUCGUUCUUGACACUUCAAUGCAACUCACUUCCCAUCGUCGGCGGACUGAGCAUCAGAAUGGAAUAUGUGAAGCAUCUAGCUAGCCUGACAGUUAAAUCAGAGUUCUUAAGAGGUCGGGUUCAUGCCCCAAGACAGAGGCCUGCCACAGUGCCACGGAAUCAAAAGGCAGAAUGGAACCGGACAAAACAGAAGAUAAAGAGGAGCUUUUAGCCCUCUCAUCAGCCCAGAACUU